GAAGGGUCCAAAUUAAAAUUAAAGCGUGAAUGUACGUAUGUCUGAUGAGAUCAUUGAGUCGCGAUUCCCUUUUGACGCGCCGACCACUUAAAAAGUAAACCCCUGUCACUAUAGUGUAUUGGACCUGUAAACCACCGGCCCCCACCACUUAACGCGUCGCUCUUUCUCUACGCGGUCGACCACAUUAAGAUUCUAGCCCUGGACAACGGCAACGGCAACGGCCACUAUUAACUUUUUACCUAUAUUUCAAUUGCAUUUCGAUCUAAUAAUCCAUAGUCGGCAGUUAAUUCUUUGCGGAAGCUUCUAAGCAAUCUAGGAUCAAGUAAAAAGGGAAUGAGACAUACUGCAACUUGCUCGGCGGCAAAAUUUUAGUCAAUCAAUCCUUUCAACAACUAAUCAAUAUGGACGACUAUAAGCAGUAUUUAGCUCAGAAAAUCCUUACGGAGGAUCAUAUCAUCUCAUAUCGCCUUCUGAGCCGGUCCUUGAAGGUGCAUGUCAAUACCGCUAAAGAGAUGCUAUACGAGUUCCAUAAAUGGCAAAAUGACAAACGUCCAGGAAGUCUUCAUGCUACCUAUCUCGUGUAUGGCAGUAAGAAGUUGGAAAAGGCGGAAGAGCAGGAUGGCGACGUAAAGAUGACCGACUCACAAAACUCGGAAGUGCCACACGUUCCAUUCUUAGACGAUACCCCCACUUACACGCUCUCUCUGGUCAAGGAGGAGCAACUGCAAGAUGUGCUAGCAGAAUAUGACAAGGUCACGUCUAUUCACAUCUAUAGCUUAGCGCAACAUCCACUCAAGGAUCUUCAGCUGCUAGCCGAUACAGGUCGGCAGGUUAUAGAAUUAUCGACCGUAGGUGAUGUUCCAGCCACGAGCAAGGACUUUGGUUCCAUCGCCAAUCCCAAUACACACAGAAGGGAGCGCCGUAGACCAGUAUCCAAGCCUGUUGCUAGUGCGCCUGCUGCUAAGGUCGAAUCGACGCAGGAGUUAAAACUUCCCAUCGACAAAGAGGAACCAAAAGCAGCACCUCAAGCCAGUGCAAAAGGACCGGCAGCUUCAACUACCAAAAAGUCCGCAGCCGCUUCACUAAAGCGCCAAGGUUCCUCGGGAGGUAUUGGGCAGAUGUUUGCCAAGGCGGCCGCUCGACCCAAGAAACCUGUCACGAAACCCGCCGCUGAGGAUGACCAGAAAACAGCUAUGUCGGAUGAUGGAGAAGAUGACACAGGGCCAAUGCCCGGAGCCAAAGACGAGUCUGGUAGCGCUAGACAAUCGAGAAUAAAUCGGCAGGCUGAGCUUCGUCGUAUGAUGGAAGAAAGCGAUGAAGAGGAACCUGAGAAACCGGAAAGUCCGGCUGAUGAACCUAUGGAAGAGGAACCUCCCGAGCCUGAACCGGAGCCGGAGCCCAAGGCAGAAGAACCCGCAGAGAUAGUGUCAAGUACAGGUGACGGUCGGCGAAGGGGAAGACGACGUGUCACAAAGAAGAAGCAGGUCAUGGACGAUAAAGGAUAUCUCGUGACAAUACAAGAACAGGGCUGGGAGUCGUUCUCGGAGGAAGAGAAGGCCCCUCCUCCAUCGGCCAAACCAAAAGCCCAGCCGAUCAAGUCAGAAACCGCUACGAAAUCCAAGAAGGUAGCUGGGAAGGGUCAAGGUAAUAUCAUGUCCUUCUUUUCUAAGAAAUGAAGACUAUCUUGCAAAUCUUCCUAGCAGAGUUAGAAAUCCAUCGGCAGGCCAUAAUACUUACAUUCCACAACAUUAUAUCACUAGAUUACUAGGUCGGUGGAAUGGGAACCUGAAAAAAAGAAUGAAAAAAAUGUUGACUCCUUAUUCUCUCAUGGAGAGCUAUCGUCGUGAAGUCUUCAGCGAUUUUGCGACACCUUCAAUCGAUUGUAU